UAAUUCAGAUUCUCCGGGACCUUUCUGGUCAGUCCCCUCAGCUGCUUAAUCCGUGCCGAAUUUACUUACUCUCUCACAUGAUAGUUCAUUCAGCCUUCCAUUUACUUACUUAUCCAUUUAGGCCUUUAGAAUGUCUUUCUGAACCAUACUGCACGUGGUACCCCACCCCCACCCCAGUCAGCUGUGGUUCAUGAGAGAGGUGAUGAGUGUCCUAAAUUUCUGACACUGGGUAAGUAUGGUACGGAUCAUCGUAGAGGGGCAAAAAGUAGGUCUUACUGUUUGGAGGAGGUAAAGAUAGUGUCAGUGGAGCCCUGCUACCUCUAAUUUUGUCUAAUUUUGUAAUGCCAGUCUGCAUUCUGGAUUCAUAACUUUACAUUUGGCUUCCAUUCUCUUCCCUGCCUUGAACAGUUUAAACCACUUUACUUCUCCAUAAAGUAAAUUAAUUAUCAGAAUAACUAUGAGGGCGUAGUAUAAUUGUUAUUAUUCCCCGUUUUACAGAUGAGGAAACUGAGGCUCAGAGAGGUUAAGUGACUUGGCCAAGGUCAAACAGCUAGUAAGUGGUGGAGCCAGGACUCAAACCCAGUCUAGGAGCCAUGUCCACUUUGUUUCCCUCACUCUUCCCCCGUGUGACUGAGACACUGUGGUUUAAUCUGGAUCGACCCUGUGUGGAGGAGACAGAGCUGCAGCAGCAAGAACAACAGCAUCAGGCCUGGCUCCAGAGCAUCGCAGAGAAAGACAACAACCUGGUACCUAUUGGCAAGCCGGCCUCAGAGCACUAUGAUGAUGAGGAAGAGGAGGAUGAAGAUGAUGAUGAAGAUAGUGAAGAGGACUCAGAGGAUGAUGAGGACAUGCAGGACAUGGAUGAGAUGAAUGACUACAAUGAGUCACCUGAUGACGGAGAGGUCAAUGAGCCUUCUCUCCAGGUGGACAUGGAAGGCAACGAACAAGAUCAGGACCAGUGGAUGAUCUAGGUAGACAAGGCAGGGUGGCCUCAGGGAAAUUCCAGGCCAGCCGAACUUACCCUGCAUCCCCUGCAGAACCAGCUGUUUGCCCCACUGCCUGAAAGCUCACCCUUGGGUAUUUCUUCAGCUGCUGCCAGGAACUGGUCUCCUUGGCCCCUCCCAGGCCAUCAGUUUGCCCUUGAGUCCCCAGGGCCUGAGCCCAACCCACCUUUCUGCCUAGUACUUCGCCCUUUGGUUGCCAGGUAUAGUCUCUUCCUAACUCCCUUUAAUAAAGACACAGGACUGAUUUUU